AUGAAUACAUUCCUGAGUACAAGCGCAAGCCCAACGAUAGCUAUUGACUUUGCUAAACAGUAUAAGCAAACAAAUGAUUUGAAACAGAUUAUCUACCAAUUUAAUAUAAAUACACUUCUUCAAAAUACUGCACCAUAUGCCGAUAUUAGUUCUUUCAGUGCUUAUCAAAGUGAAAAAGAGUUAUUGAUAGCAGCUGGCUCUAUUUUUAAAAUUGAAGAAGUACACUAUGAUGAAGAUAAAGAAGUAUGGUUUGCAGAAUUAUCAUUAUGUCAAAAAGAUGACUUUGAACUAAAAAUAAUUAUGGACCGAGUGAAAGAAGAUAUAGGAGAUGGUCUUAUUGGACUUGGUUACCUCUUAGCACGUCAGAGAAAGCUUGAUAAAGGGAGACAAUAUUUUCAACAGCUUAUAAAUGAAUCUUCAAUUAGUUACUUUGAUGCCGCACAAUGUUAUCAGGGUCUUGGAUCAAUUGCAUUUUAUGAAGAAAGUUAUGAUGAUGCAUUAGCCUAUUAUCAACAAGCACUUAAAUUAAUAGAGAAAAAUAACUCAGAUGACAAAAAUUCAAUCGCCAGUAUAAAUCGAUGUAUUGCCGAAGUCUAUCUCUGGAUGAACGAGCUGGAUUUAGCUUACGAUCAUGCAAAUGAAGCCAAGUCUUUACUAUCUGAUAAUACUCUUGAAAUGGCUAGAGUUUAUUCUAUAAUUGGCCAUAUAUAUAGGCAGAGAAAGGAACCAUACUUUGCUCAUGAUUACUAUGAAAAAGUUUUAGAUAUUCGAAUAUCUCUUCUACCAGAAAAUCACAGUGAUAUUGGGAUCGCUUACAAUAAUAUCGGCGCUUUCUAUAGUGACAUUGGUGAAUAUGAACUUGCUUUGGAACAUUUUUUAAACUCACUGAGUAUUAAAGAAAAAACGUUACCUCGUGAUCAUGCUGAUGUACAAGAGACAGAAUCUAAUAUUAGGGUACUUCAGCAGAUAUUGGAUGCUGAUGAUGAACAGGUUAGCGAUGGAGACCAAUAA